UUUGUUUAUCCCGGGGAAGAAGUUUAGGAGCGGGAGAUAGGAAGGAGGGCGGGCCGGGGAGGAGGGAUGCGGCUCGGUGGAGGCGGCCGCCACAGGGACUCGCCGCCAUCACCUCCGCCGCCGCGGCCGCCGCAGCCGCCGCCUCAGCGGGAGAGGAGCCGCUGCCGGGACUGCCCGCCGCCGCCCCGCACGUCCGGUAAAGUAUUCAUCUGUGUGGGAUAUUGCAUAAAUCUUGGAAGACUGCAGUAAAGUGGCAAUGUCUCGGGAACCCAGCCCACCUCUCCCUGGAGAUAUGUCUACUGGUCCUAUAGCAGAAAGCUGGUGUUAUACACAGGUUAAAGUAGUAAAAUUUUCCUACAUGUGGACCAUUAAUAACUUCAGUUUUUGUCGAGAGGAAAUGGGUGAAGUGUUAAAAAGUUCAACAUUCUCAUCUAGCCCCAGUGACAAAAUGAAAUGGUGCCUGAGGGUAAAUCCAAAGGGAUUAGAUGAUGAAAGUAAAGACUACUUGUCCUUAUAUUUGCUUUUAGUCAGCUGCCCAAAAAGUGAAGUUCGAGCAAAAUUCAAAUUUUCCCUUCUAAACGCUAAAAGGGAAGAAACAAAAGCAAUGGAAAGCCAAAGAGCAUAUCGAUUUGUACAAGGGAAAGACUGGGGUUUUAAAAAAUUCAUUCGAAGGGAUUUUUUGCUUGAUGAAGCUAAUGGUCUUUUACCAGACGACAAGCUUACAUUAUUUUGUGAGGUGAGUGUGGUCCAAGAUUCAGUAAAUAUAUCAGGACAUACUAAUACAAAUACUUUGAAGGUGCCUGAAUGUCGACUAGCAGAAGAUUUAGGUAAUCUCUGGGAAAACACAAGAUUUACAGAUUGCAGUUUUUUUGUGAGAGGACAAGAAUUUAAAGCUCAUAAAUCUGUACUUGCAGCUCGAUCCCCAGUUUUUAAUGCAAUGUUUGAACAUGAAAUGGAAGAAAGCAAAAAGAAUCGAGUGGAAAUAAAUGAUGUAGACCCUGAGGUUUUUAAAGAAAUGAUGAGAUUCAUUUACACAGGAAAAGCACCAAACCUUGACAAAAUGGCUGACAACUUGUUGGCAGCUGCAGACAAAUAUGCACUGGAACGGCUGAAGGUCAUGUGUGAAGAAGCGUUGUGUAGUAACCUCUCAGUAGAAAAUGUUGCUGAUACCCUUGUCCUUGCAGAUUUGCACAGUGCAGAACAGUUGAAAGCACAAGCCAUAGACUUUAUUAAUAGGUGCAGUGUACUUCGACAGCUUGGGUGUAAAGAUGGGAAAAACUGGAACAGCAACCAAGCCGCGGACAUAAUGGAAACAUCAGGGUGGAAGUCCAUGAUUCAGUCUCACCCUCAUUUAGUUGCAGAAGCCUUCCGAGCACUAGCAUCUGCACAGUGUCCACAGUUUGGCAUUCCACGCAAACGGCUAAAACAGUCCUGAAAUCUUCCAUGAACUGUAGAAAAAUGGAAUUGACUUUUACUCCUCCAGGUCCAGAAGGAUUCUAAUAUACAAACCAUAAGCAAGAGUUGUUUCUGUUGUCUUGUCCACAGAACAGAAGCUGAAAAAGCAUAUUGCUUGCAUUUCAGGUGGAUAAUUUAUGGUUUAUUCUUCAGCUUUAAAUUAGACUGAUUAUACUCUAAUUCACUUCAAGGCCUUAAAUUAUCUUCAAUGACUUCUCUUGUUCAUAUAAUACUUUAAUUUUUUUAUUGUGCCUUGUCAUUUUGACUAAGGCUAUGCAGGAUUGCACUAGCUCCAUAAUGCAGUAAUAUUGAUAACUGAAGAUACUAAGUUUGAAAAGGAUCUUCCAUUAGUUUGAGAAAAAAGCAAAAUGAAUUUUACAGGGUUUGUCCUAUGCUGUCUCAAAGUUUAAAACUAGGUUCUUCUUAAAAGCACUUGUAUUGGAGAUUACUGGUAAUGUCUCCAGUCUAAGUUUUAUAAAUAUAGGAGAACCUGCUUACCUUCAGGGUAAGUUACGGCAACACACUGCUUCAGUUCUAAUUUAUUUUUCAUUUUAGGGGGCAAAUAUGCAAUGAGUUGGCCCAAAUUUUUAGUAAAAUUUAUGAUGUUUGUGUGUUGACUGUCCAACAAACUAAGAGAAGCAUAACAAACCUUUGCUUGUGUUUUUUGUGGGUUUAUUCAAGUUUACAAUGAUUGAGAACUGAUUGAGGUUAAGAUUUCAAUAAAAAGAAAGCAUGUUUUGUGCUGAAUUAAUUUUUUUUAAUUUAUAGUGACCUACAUUUAUAUGAAGAAUUCUGUCCAUGUUGAAAGUAAGGAUGACCAAAUGUAAAUUUAACGAGUGGGCCAAUUAAGAAAGAUAUAUAUGCACUUUUAAUGUGUAACUUUUGUAUGCUAAAUGGUACAUAUAUUUUUUUUUUUGUUUUGAAGGUAUUAAUAAGGUAUAAUUAAUUGUGUCUUAACUUUUGAAAGGAUUUUUUAAGACCGAUGGAGGCAAUUGGGAUGUUUGUGAUAAUAGAUAAGAAAGAUAUCCUUGAUUAUAGUUAAAUUGAUUUGAAUUUCAGAUAUUUAUUAUUGAAUUUAUUCCUGUCUUAUCACACUUUGGAGAAGGCAACUGAACAAUAAACAAAUCCUGAAUACUCUACUCUCCUUCUGAAAACAGUGAACUUACAUUAUUUGCAGACUAGAGGAGAGAACCUUUAGAAAUAUGCAGGCCACACUCUGAACCUUUUUUCCCCCCUAGCUUUCUCCUUUCUGUUUCAGUUACUGUAUUAACAUUGUGGAUGAUACUGAAAUUCUGCAUAAUGUGAACAGGAUAAACGAUUUAUAAACUGUUUUUCAUGGGCCAGUUCUUUAUUAUAAAUGAAUUUAGCUUUAAACACAUACACGUGUUCAGUGUUUAGAUAGCUCUGUUCACAGUGGAGGUCUGUUCUGGUGCAUUGUCCCAGAGAAGUAGGAGCGAUCAGUGGUAAGUCACUGCAUCUGAUUUCCUGUAAUAAUGACAGUAUGCUUCUUAGGCAAAAUUUAUACUUGACCACAAGGGAAAAAGUGUCACUGGAAAAAAAAACACAUAUACCUAUAUAUUUGCAUAUAUACUUUAUUCUCCAGAUUAAAAUUUGUAUGAUGUGUUUAUUUAAUUUUUGAAUUUAGGACAAAAGGAGAAAAAUGAAGCCUGAGAUUUUAUUUUUGUUAUCUCUUUGUUAGGUAUUCACUGAAGCAAUCUUAAUAUAUAAAGAGUGAUUCGUAUUUACAUUAAACAAACAUUCUCAAGUAAGCAUUUGUUAUUCACAACAAACUGUAGUUUGAAAAGAUUGUAUUUUCCGUAUAUUCAUUUCUUUCUGUGUAGUUUAAUUAGAAUCUUUCUUAUAUUAACUUAAAUUUGAAAUUGGAAAAAUCCCUUGAGAUAGAAGGAUUCUUACAUGUUAUUGGACUCCAUCCUGUGUAAAAAUACUGUAGGGAGUAGAACCUCACUUCCUUAACUGGAUUGAGGCCAUUAAAUUUACAGUGUACACAUUUAAUACACACACAUACAUAUAUACGUUAAGAUUUUAAUAUUUUGGCAGGGUCUUAAAACAAAAUUCCUCAGGCAGUAGAACCUUGUUUUCAAAAAAGUACUGGUGUAUCCAUUUAUAUCAAAUGCACACAGGCUCAUUGUGAAUUAAUUCACUGCUUGCAUCUUCAUUUCUAACGAUGGUGACUUCAGUAAUAACACCCAUAUAAUGAACACUGCAGCUUGCUCCUACCUACUUACUUUAGUGUUUAUUGCAGAUCUUAAGGGUUUUAUUAUAAAGUUAUUUUUGGUUUGUUUUUGUUUUAGGUUUGGUAGCACAUUUUGUACCAAAAAUGUCAAACACUGUGCUGUGAGAAUAUCCACGUUUGUAGAAAUGUCCACUUUGCAGAUAAUAUAAUGCCUACCAUUAUACUAACAGAAUCGUAUCAUAGUUGAUUUAUUUUUUUAUUUAUUACGUGGGAAUUUUAUUUUUUGGUUUUUUUGUUUGUUUGUUUUUUUGGUAUUGUGGGAUCUUGAGGCAAUGAAAAAAAAACUUAAUGUAUUCUGACGUGAGUGCUCUAAUAGCCUUUUUAUUUUUUCAUUUUGAAACUACACACAUUGUUUUCAGUAGGCACAGUCUCUGUCCUGAGCAGUUUUGCCUUUCAUCAGCCUGCUCUUGUUUCCCUUUUGUCACCUAAAUAGAGCUUUUCCUUAGAAAAGUGGUGACUGGUUUUAAAUGUUACAUGUUAUCGAAGUAACCAUUGGAGAUCUGUUCAUUAGCCUGAGAUACAGAAACACUGUAUUUGUGCCUUUUUCAUUUUUAAAUUUUAACAUAUAUUGGUGUUUAGAGCACAAAUAUGAAGGUGCCAUAAUGUUAUGGCUUGCCAUUGUUACCUCUUUGAAUACUCGUGUGUCAUUGUCUUGAAAUAGUCAUUGGAGAACCAUGCAUGUAUUAUGUCAUUUGGGGUGUGUGUGUGUGUGUGUGUGUGUGUCUCUGUGUGUGUGUGUGUAUUUGUGUUUGCUUGGACUUGCAUGUGGUAUGUUCAGAAGAGUGAAUUUCUGAAAAUAGGACUCAGUUAAAUGUUGAAAAUUCAGGUUAGUUGAAAUAUUUCAUUAAAUAUGCUUUAUUUUGGGGGACAGUUGAUAGGAAAUUACAGUUUUCAAAAAUGUGACCAUUUACUGCAUGAUGAAAUGUGAAAACAGUGCCUUUUUAGGACAUCAAUUUUAAAGUUAAGUUUUAAAAUAUUCUCAAAGAUCUCUUAAAAACUUAUCAUGAACAUUAUUAGCUUAUUUUUAAACUAGACCUAAGUUAGAAUUUAAAUUGCCAAAAGCAUAAUUACUGAUUUAUUUACCCAUUUAAGUUUUGUGCAUAAAUGUAAACCCUAAGUAAAAUUUUUUCUGAAAAUGUGGAUGAUACAUGCUACCCAGUGUUACUAAAUUAGAACACUAGAGACUUCAGCAAAUUGUUUUGUUAAAAUCCAACUCAACAAGCUUUCCUCGUAACAAGGUAUUUGAAAGGUGAAUUAUUCUGACUUGCUUGGACAUUCUUGCUCUUUGAUGGGUAAAAUAAAAAUACUCAAUGUAUUCUUGCAAAAGGAGGUGGGUGGGUGGGUUUUACUGUUUUCAGAUUAUAAAGACAGCACUUUCAGCACAUAAGAGUAUUUUGCAAACCUCUUUUAUACAGAUUAUGAGCUCUAUUUAAGUGUUCAUGGAAUGAUGUCAAUUUUAGGUCUAGUUGAACAAAUAUUGAGUGCCUACCAUAUGCAAGACUUCCUCUUCACUAGGAGUGAAAUCACCACACCGUGUCUUCUGUUUGCAGUAUGUGGACUUUAUGUUUAAAAAGAAAUUCUUAUAUUUAAAUCUUUUUCUGUUUGUUAGAGUUUAUCGUUGUAUACUGUAACCCAGUUAAUUUCACAUCCAGUUUUUUUAGAAUGAAGAUAUAACUUAAAUGAGUCCCAUUUUUGAAAAUAAAAUUCUGCUAAAAUUAUUUAAAAAUUAAAUCUGGGGGAACUUGAUUUUCAAGAUUCAAAUGUGUAAAGACUUAUAUUGAACUUUUCAGCCUCAUUUUUAAUCAGCUGAUGUUAAUGAUGAGAUACAUACUUUUGUAUCUUGUUGCUGAAAAUAUUUUUUGCAUUUCAGCACGUUGAGUUAAAAUAAAGUUGUUACUACUUAUUCAGAAUUAAUUGGUUUAUUUUGUGUUUAUUUGAAAAUAUGAACUCUUUCAUUUUCAGAUUGCUAUGAUGCUUUGCAAAAGAGCCAUGUGUUUGAUGUGGUAACUUUAAAUUAUGCAUAGUAGUUGUUUUUCCUACAUAGGAAAGCUAGUAUUUUUUGGAACCUACUGAAGACUUAUUCCUUAACUGUAAUAUAUACCUAUAUUUGCUUUAACGUAUGCAUUAUCAGUAUUGAAAGAUUUAUGCUAAUGUCCUGUAGCUUUAAUGUAGUACAUAAAGAUCAUCUUUCCCUGGUCCUCCUGUCCCUUAAUUUUAACUGACAACUUGAUUAUUUGCUGCCAUCAAAAAGGGCAGAAUUGAGGCAAUGCAUUCCUGGCCUUGUUUAGUAACAGUAACACAAUUAGUGCGUAAAAAUUAUGGUCAAAGUGGCAGUUUGAAUGCACAGUGAAAAACCUUCCAUACACCCAACGCACACAUACACAUGUACACACACCCUUAGAAGAAUAAAGGAAGGCUUGAAAAACUUAAGAACAUUGUCUGUUCAAUUAAAGUAAAAUAGGACAGGUAGCGGUGAUAUUCUAAACUUUAAAUGAAUUAUGUAUAACCAUUCCCCUUCUACUCUGCCAGCAGCCAGAACUCUGAACAUAUUUUUUAGAACAUUGGAAUGUAGUGUUUCCUCAGUUCUACCACCCAAGAAUCAUUUAUUUCUAAGAGAAUGCCAAGAGUGGUAUUUGUUUUGAUCACUACUUUUAUUUUAUUAUUAUUAUUUUUUAAAUUUAUUUAUUUGACAGAGAGAUAGCACAAGUAGGCAGAGCGGCAGGCAGAGGGAAAGGGAGAAGCAGGCUCUCUGAUGAACAGGGAGCCUGAUGCGGGGCUCGAUCUCAGGACCCUGGGAUCAUGACCUGAGCCAAAGGCAGACGCUUAACCGACUGAGCCACCCAGGUGCCCCUGAUCACUACUUUUAAAUAGAAGACACACUGGUAGAAAUCUUGCAUGUGAUACCUUGUUGCUACUUUUUUUAGUAUCAGAGAUUUGCAUGUAUCUGCAGUGGAUAGUGGCAAAAAAGUUUGUCCUUUCUGUUAUGAAUGCUUCCUUUUCACCUUCUAUUGCCUUCCAUCCUUAAUUUUUUGUAAAGGAUUCAGCUAUAGCCAAACAAUUGUAGGAUUUAGGAAUAAUAAUACCGCACGUGUGCGCGCACAGGCACACACACACACACACACAAAACCAAAAACCAAACAAAAAAAGCAGUGUCCUGACAAUUCUGAUACUCACUUUGCUCUAAAAUAGAUUUACUGCCAUGGCAGGUUAUUAGAACGUAUGCUUAAUUUUAGCUAAAAAGUUGUGCAGUUCAUGAAAAUGGAAUGGGCAGAAAUGAGGAAAAAUAAAAAUGACAUGCAGUUGAAAAAGAGCAAAAUUAGAUGCAUCAAACGUGAUAAAUACCAGAAAUGCAAAGCAGAAAUUUGAAUCAAUAGAAGACAAGGCUCAUAAAUGCUCCCAGAUCAUAAAGACAAGAAUAGAUGAAAAUAAAGAUGAUUCAGUUUAAUUUCUGUAUCAAUAGAGUGCCAGGCAUUGUACAGAACUUGGUAAACACAGUAUAAAUAGCCCAUAUCCUCAUAAGUAUAUUCUUGAAGAAAGCACAGUUAUAUAAUAUGUGAAUUGUGAUAGGAGUACAAGAGGGCCACCUAAUCUGGGAUGGUGAUGGAGAUCCCAGAUAUCUUCUGAGGAAGUGAUGUCUAAAUUGAAAUUGAGUGGAAGUUAGGCAGCUUAGUGGGAGUGUCAUCCAACCCAUUAUAUGAAAUCCCAGAGGUUGACCAAGGUUCAUAUAGAAUGUGUAUGGGAAUGAAGAUACAUCCUUAUGUGUAAGAGAAGGGAAGAGUAAACCAGAAGGUGGAAGGUCAUGAUUUUUUUGAAGGUAUUAGAGGAGUCUAAUUUAAUUUGAGUGUUGAGGGAUUUUACGUGUGGUUAUGUCAUGAUCAAUAAUCUAGCAAUCUUCAGAUGAAUUGCAGGGGGCCGGAGGAGAAGGUAAGGAGACUUCUGAAGAGAUGAGGAAUGCUAGUGCUCUGCUAGGCCAGGAGAACUGAAAUGGAACAAAAGGGAGAAAUCUAUGAGGAAAUACUGCGAGGGCUUGGAAAUAAACUGCAUAUGGUAGAAGGAAGAGACAGGAUUCAGGAGGGACUCCUGGGUGUUGUAUUUGAGCAACUGGAUGGAGGGUAGUACCAUUCACUGAUAACAGGAAUCACAAGAGUAACAGCAGCAUUGAGAGAAAACAAUUAUUUUGAUUUGGAGCCUGUUGAGCUUAAGAUUUCUAUUGGACAUUCUGGGUUGGGUAUGUGAAUCUUAGACAUGAGAGUGAUCUGGGUUAUAAAGUCAGGAAUCCUCAACAUACAGAAGAUAACCGGUGCAUGCAGGUUAAUAAAAAGACUGCACAGGGAAGAAACAAGAAAAGAGAAAGAGCGGCUUACGAAAGACGAUGAAUGGUCACAAAGAUAAAACCAGAAGAGUGACUCAUCCCAGAAUUUGGAAAAAAGAAUGCUUCAAGAGAAGAAAUGGCUAACAGCGUCAAAUGCUGAGCCGUCAAGUAGGAAACUAGAAAAUGAAUUCAAUAUUUGAAAGAGGACAGGAGUCUGAAGUGGGGAAAGAAGGAGGAUUGGAGUGAGAAAGUGGAUGCGCCAAGUAUAGAACAAUAGAAUGUUCGGCGAAGAUGGCAAAGAAGAAACUAGCUAUGGGAUGGGGUUUAGGAUCAGUUUCUUAUUUUGCUCUCUUUUCUGGUAGGAGGAGUGUCUGUAUAUUAAGGUAAUGAUGAGUCAGAAAGUAGAAAACAGAUGGGAUUCCUGAGGUUUUAGAAGAGAAGAGAAAUGGAAUUAGAUACCAGACAGAAAGAUUGCUCCUAACAUGUGCGAGGGAGAAAUGAUGGAUGCAGAGUCAGACUUGCACAUUGUUUUGUUUUGGUCUGAAAGUUAAUAUUUUAUGCCUCAUUCCUUGUGAAGUCGUCUGUUUAGAGUAAAGGGAGCAGAUGAUGUGUUUAGAGCAGAGAUCAGCAAACUCACUUCAUAAAGGACUUAGGUAGUAAAUAUUUUACCUACUCAACCAUGCCAUUGUAGCAUGAAAGCCGCCAUAAACAACAUGUAAAUGAAUGAAUGUGGCUGUGUUCCAUUAGAACUAUUUACAAAAGCAGGCAGUGGGCUGGAUUUGACUCUUGUGCCCUAGUUUGCUGAGUUCAAAAGUUUGAGAAGACCAGAGUAGUUUUGGAAUAACUAAUGCGAAAAUACAUGGAUGGCCCAAAUUGGAGACCAUGACUUUAUAGAGGAUGAGUUAAGGAGAACAAAUGUUUGCAUAAUUGAUAUUGCCAAAGAAAUAAGUGGAAGACAAAUGGUGACUAAAGAUAUUAAUCAUUUUUCUUUAAAAAAGAUGAAUUUUGGGGUGCCUGGGUGAUUCCGUUGGUAGAGCAUGUGACUCGAUCUCAGGGUUGUAAGUUCAAGCUACACAUUUGAGUGUAGAGAUUAAAUUUUUUUUUUUAAAUGAAUUUUGGAAAUGAGAAAAUUUACAGGGCUCCAGCUAGAAUUCAUCAACAGUUAUCCAAACCUAGACACAAUGGGUGACUUGUAAAUUGGAAAUAUAGGUAGCAUGAGCAUCCAAGAAGUAAGUAUUUUGAAGUCCUAUUUCUCUGACGAGA